AUGUCCCCCUCCGCCACGGUCUUAGAUGAAGGUGUGAAGUCGGCGCUGAAACUGGGCCUCUUUUCAUAUCCCGUCCUGCAGGCAGCGGAUGUUCUAGUGUACAGGGCAACGCAUGUUCCGGUUGGAGAUGACCAGCGUCAACACCUCGAGUUCGCAAGGGAAUGUGCCAAUGGCUUCAACAGCAUCUACGGCAAGCUUUUAGUUCCGCCUACGACCCUUACAUCACCCGACCUUCGUAUAAUGUCCUUGCAAGAUCCUUCUCAAAAGAUGUCCAAGUCACAUAAAAGCCAUUGGUCACGGAUCCUCAUAACAGACGAGCCCGAGGAGAUCAGGAAGAAAAUAAUGAGCGCGGUGACGGAUUCCGAUAACUUUGUAUCGUACGACCCUGUCGCUCGGCCCGGCGUCUCCAACCUCCUCCAGCUUCUCGCGUACUUUGACGAAGAUAACAGAACGCCCGAGAAACUAGCUUUGGCGCUAUCCGGCGAAAACGUAAGUCUAGGGGGCUUAAAGCAACGGGUCUCGGAGUCGAUUAUCGAAGGCCUAGGCGGCAUCAGGGAUCGCUAUCUACGACUUCUUACCGAGGGCGAUGGAAAGUUCAUCGACCAUGUCGCAAGUGAGGGUGCAAAGAAAGCCCGCUUGAGGGCUGCGGAAACAAUGGACCUAGUAAGGCAGGCAGUGGGGCUAUAA